AAACUACUGGUAUAUCAUUAUGUUUAAUUUAGAUAAUAAUGAAGAAUUUUUGUUGGCGGCUAAAAAUAGUAACAUUGCAUCACUUAAAAGGGGAUUAUCAAAUGGUGUUGAUGUUAAUUGCCGUCAUCAGUUAGGAUGGACAGCAUUGCAUGUAUCAGUGAUCAAUGGAAAUGAAAAGGCUGUUGAGUGGUUAAUUAAAGUGGGCGGAGCCAAUGUUAAUACACAGGAUGAAUAUUCAUCAGCUAGGAGGAUGGCACGUGUACUAAAGGCAUCACAUCAUCAAAUUGCUCAAUUGAGAGAACAUCACUUCUGUUCAUUUAUCAAUGCUUAUGCCACAUAUACUGGAUUCACUCCAUUACAUUAUGCAGUGAUCACUGACAAUGAAGACAUCAUUCAGUUACUACUGGAUAAUGGUUAG